CUCACCUUGAAGCGUGGGUGCCAGUUUGGAAGAGCAGCUUGCUACCACUUUCGUUCAGCUUUCUUUUCCUCUGUGUGAAACCCAAGGGUGCUCAAGCAAUCUGAGGAAAUCAAAAAAGAUGUGGCCGCUUUGGGGACUGGAUCUGAACAGAGUCCGCUAUGACCUGCUCUUCACAGAAGCCAUCAGUCAAAGGAUGCAGGUUCCCAACAGGCUGAAGGUAGCAGAUAGCUUCAGCCCUGUGGACAAGGAGCCAGUGACAGAGGAUGUCCCUCCUUCCUUUCGGAUGCACAUCCCUGAUAGGAUUUCUCUUGCAGAAAUAUCAGAUGCCAGUUUGAGGCCCAUCCUGCUGAACCAGCAAAGGAAAGUCCCCUCUGUUGUGGUGCACAUGGCCCCGGACUCCUCUGCGCAGCCCACCCACCUCCGGGAGCUCCCUUUUCUGCACAUAGCCGGCAGAUCAAGCUCCCAGAGACGCAAACGAUCGGGCCAUCACAGCAGCAGGUCGCGGCGGGAGAGGACUCCAAAUGACUGUGCCCAGCUGGCCUUGCACAGCCCGGGCCAGCACCAUGAGCGGCCGGACGCAUGCCCUCUGCCCAUGUGCAGUGCCCCACUCCCCCUCCUCGCAGAGACGGGCAGAAUCUACUCCUUGCAGAACAUCUUCCAGACCAUGUAUCUCCUGGGCCAGGUGCUCUUCCACCGUGUCCAGGACUCUCUGCAAGACCCAGUGCCAUCCAGCUCCCAGGAGGCUGGCCCAGCCCCAGAGAGCGCCUUGGAGGAGGUCGGGGUUGCUGAGAUGGCAGCAAUGAGAAAGCAGUUGACAAGGAUCUCGAGGAGGCUCCGCAUGCUGGAGGAGCAGCGCAAUGCCUGGCAGCAGAAGGAGGCCCUGAUCUACUCUGUGAUGAUCUCUGCCUGCCUCAUCAACACAUGGCUCUGGCUAAGGAGAUGAUUUCUCAUGCCCUGACCUCCCCUGCCCAACCCUGGCAGUGUGGGUGAGGGCAGGGAGAGAAUCCUUGCUCACAUACUUGCAAACAGUAAAACUAUGUGUUUCUUCUUAA